AUGAGCAACCCAAGCAUAGCAACAUCUACACCAUUAGAUACCACUCAGCCGGAGUAUUCCGAAGCCCUUCGCUUCCACCGACAAUAUAACACCAAUGCUACUAUAUUGUUGGUAGGAUUUUUCGGGGCGGGCAAGAAGACGCUUGGAAUCAUUGCAUCCGUGGCCCUGCGAAGACGUCUCAUUGAAUUCGACUCAUUUUUCAAAAAGGAAACCCAGGCCUUACCACAAGAAUUCAUUGCUUGUCAUGGCUUAGCACGAUACCGCGAAGUUGAACUAGAGGUAUCACGAACGCUUUUGGCCAAAAAUGCUACAGGAUGCGUUAUCGUCGGCUUGGGGGGAUCCGCAAGUCAUCAAUUGCAGGUGUUAUUGGGUGAAUUUGCUCAAACCCAUCCUGUUGUUUACAUACGAAGGGAUGAAGCAGAUCUCCGAAGUUCCAUUUCUGCCAGCUUAGAGAAGUUUGAAAAAAUAUUCGAAGUCGGAAACGCUUUCUUCAAAUCAUGCUCCAAUUUUGACUUUUUCAACCAUACUCAAGAUCAAACUGAUCGGGGGAUACCGACCUACCUGAAGCUCAAAGAAACCGAACGUGUAUUUGUGGCCUUCUUACGUCGAGUUUUUCAAAAACCCCAUCGUGAAGCUUUCUCGGUCAAUCCUUUCUCAGCAUCAAAUACAUAUGCUUUACAAAUCUCCCUUUCUUGGAUGAAUGAACCCAAUCAGGACUUGGAAGCUCUUGAGAUUGGGGUUGAUGCGAUCAUAUUGGUGAUCGAGUCUGGUGAAAUUAGCUCAAGCACGAUUCAAGCCCAGCUUCUACGCCAUAUCUCGACCUUGAGGACGUUCUGUCGAGUCCCAAUCAUCAUCGACAUUUCAGAUGCACCAUACGCGCUUUCUACCACCUAUUUUCAGAUACUGGAAAUGAUUCUGCGAAUGGUCCCCGAUGCAAUCAUGUGUUCACUUAACCAUACCACAGAUUACAUUUCGAAAUUUAAUCUCUCGAAAGGUGGCACUAAAAUCAUCGGCACAAUACAUACGCCGUCACAGUUGGGAUCUAUUGAGUCAAACCUUGAUCCUCCUGCUCUUAUCAAGAAAGUGGACCCAUUGAAACUGGAUGCCCUCCGAAUAACUGGAGAGUCGACAGCGCCAAAUGACCACGUAGAGGCACUGUCAUUCAUACGACAUAUGAGAACGAUUUCAAAUCUCCCCAUAAUUGCGUACAAUAAAGGGCCACUGGGUCGAGCAUCCAUAUGCCUGAAUCCCACUCUGUCACCAGUGUCGUUGAGAAGUACCACUGGAGUCACAUUACAAGCGGCGCAGCAAGCACUAAGCGCCUGUUUUCUUCUACGCAAAAAAACUUUCCAUAUAUUUGGACAAGGCGUGAAACAUACCUUGUCGCCGGCUAUGCAUAACAUGUGUUACGCUACUAGCGGCUUGCCUCAUACAUAUCACACCUUUCCCACAGAAGACAUUACUGACGUGGAAGAGCUAUUAACGGAUGAAACGCAAGGCGGUAUCACCAUCUCAUUACCAUUUAAAUCAGCGAUUAUACCUUAUCUGGACUUUGUAAGUUCAGAUGCCAGAGAUAUGAAUGCCGUGAAUACGGUGGUUCUCGAGCAUCAAUAUCCACCCAGUGGUGGUACGAAAAUCGUUCGAAAAGGCUUUAAUACCGACUACAUUGGAAUCAGAGAUUGUAUCUACAAAUAUCUUUCUCCCGCAAAUGCCGUUCGCGAUGGAACCUCGGCCUUAAUCAUCGGUGCUGGUGGAAUGGCCCAGGCCGCAGUUUAUGCGUGCCAUGAGUUGGGUAUACAGCAUAUUUGCAUAUACAACCGAACACCGGCCAAUGGGGAAAAGCUUGUAGAUUAUUAUCACAAGUGGGCUGAGUCUAGAGGUACCGAAUUGCGACUAAAGGUUCUUCGUUCCGUCGAGGAUGUCUGGCCAGAGGGCAUCCGGCUCCCAACCAUAGUUGUUGCAUGUAUUCCACCAUACAAAAUGGAUGGUGCCGAUGAAGGGCCUGUGGUAUUCAAUAUUUCGGAAAAUUGGCUUGCAAGUCGGACGGGCGGUGUUUUUGUCGAGGUUGCGUAUGGUCCAUUUAGGACUCCUCUGAUGGAACAAAUGCUUUCAAGAUCUUCGAAGGGAUGGGUAAUGGUUGAUGGAUUGAAGGUGCUUCUAGAACAAGGUAUCGCUCAGUAUGAAUUGUUUACCAAGCGACCAGCGCCAAUUCAUGUUAUGCGGCGAGCUAUCCAAGAACAGAGUAUGAAAUAUGGAUUUAUUCAUUAA